GGUAAAGUAGCUUUGGCUGUUCACACCGACGAACCUCCCCUCUCCCUCCAAAUUUUUCAUGUCCAUCUUGCCCUCGCAAGCCCAGGCAUCAACCUCGUCGUCAUCUCAAUCUCCGAUAUCUCCAAACCCUAAUCCGCAACAUGGAAACCUCUUUCUCUCAUCUUAUUCUCCUCCAUCGGUCCCCUCUCCCCUCCAAGUUCCAUCCUUUGGAUCUCUCCGGAUCUCCGAUUCACCAUCUCCCGUCACUGUGCCCGACGUCGAUUCAGGUCCAUCGACUCCAGCUACAGAAGAUUCUGGUGGACCUUCCGGAAAGGUGACUCAGUCGGGGUUUCCAAGUGGCAUGAAAAGUUCACCUCACCAAAACUCCAGAGCACAUUCCCAAAGUCAGUCAAGAAGACGGGCAAGUAGAUCAUUCCCCUCAACAGGGAAGAUGGCGGGAGCAGUUUCUUCUGCUGGAGAUCAGCAACGUAAUAGGUUUUUAAAUCCGCAUGGGAGCACCUCUUCAGCAGGAAGAAAACCUCAGAUGGUUAACGGUAAUCACUUGCUGAACUUCCAUUAUGAUCCCAUAUCUCGUCCUCAAGCAAGGGGUCCUCCUCCUCCACCACCAAGAAGGCAGCAGAAGAAAAGGCCAUAUAACAAAGACUUAUUUUUACAGGCAAAUUACAAAUUUAUGGUUUUAGAUUCAGGAGACAAUUCACCAGAGUCAUUGGACCCAGAUAAAAUGCUACAUUGGGAAGAUAUUGUUUGUGUGAGGUAUUCCACUCCAUCUGUGGUUCAGUGUCCAAUUUGUUUGGAGUAUCCUCUUUGUCCACAAAUAACCUCUUGUGGACAUAUUUUUUGUUUUCCUUGUAUCUUGCAAUAUUUGAUGAUGGGUGAAGAGGAUAGCAAAGGUGAUUGCUGGAAAAGGUGUCCCUUAUGCUUUGCCAUGAUAUCUGCAAAGGAUUUAUAUACCAUCUACAUUGAAAAUGUUAAGCAAUUUCAAGUGGGAGAUGUCAUUGAGUUCAGACUUUUAACUCGGAAGAAGGACUCCUUUACUCUGUCUCAUAAAAAUAAACAAGAGACGGAUGUCUUAUCUUGUGGCAAUAGUAAUUUAUGUGACCCAUUUUCUAAGUUCACUCUCACACCAGAUGUAGAUCUCUCAGUGAGACAGGCAAUAUCGGAUCUAGAUGGUUGGCUAGCUAAAGCUGAUUCUGGUCUUGUUGAUGACUUGGAGAAACUUCCAUAUGUUUGUGCUGCAAUGCAACAGUUAGAAGAGAGGAAGAAGUAUUGGAAUGAGCACAGGGCUUGUGAUGUUGGAAAAUCCUCUUGGCUUAUUGAUUGUGGACGUCAAAAACCAUCAACAGUUGUAAAUGGCACUGAUGUUGAUGAUGAAACGCAUUCUUACGGUUUGGGAUCUUCGUCUACAAAUUUCCACGACCAAAGCAAGGGUAUUGUAAUGGAUAAUUCAAAUGCAAAAGCCUGCCCAGAUAGAACUUUGGAUGUGGAGAGAAAAGUAUUAGAUCAAGAAAUUCAUUUAUCUUCUUCCUAUGAGGAGAAAAAUGAUAUUCGAAAGAAUCCAAGUGGUUUUGGAGAUCCAAAGGAAGGUGACUCGUACAAUUUUUACCAGGCUGCUGAUGGUCAGCAUCUCAUUCUGCAUCCCCUGAACAUGAAGUGUCUACUUCACCAUUAUAGAAGCUAUGAUAUGCUUCCACACAGAAUAAGUGGAAGGAUUCUGCAAUUGGAGACAGUCACUCAGUCAGAGGCAACGAGGAGGCGGUACCGAUACUUGAGUCAUUUUCCUUUAACAGCAACAUUUCAGCUUUGUGAAAUUGAUUUGAAUGAGAUGCUGCCCCCUGAGUCCCUGGCCCCAUUCAUGGAUGAAUUGAAGAAGCGUGCAAACCAGAGGAGGCAACUUGCAAAAAAGGAACGAAAAGAGAAAAGCAAGGCUGAAGCUGCUCCUACGCAUUCUAUUCCCAUACCAACCAGUUCUCAGCUAAUGUCUCAGAACAAUUCUCCUCCAUUCUCGAUGGAUGACUUUGAAGUUUUGGGGAAUUCUGCUGUAUCAUCAAGUCCUCCUGUUGUUAUGGGGAGAAGCUUGUUUUCAAAUGUUACAAGACUUGGUUUUGCCGCUGGUCAUGAUUCCCCAUCCUUGAACUUUCAAGAAACUAAUGGCCUACAUAAUCAUAAUACGACAACUGAUUCUUCUGGCUUGACAGGUCUGAGAAAUGUGGAGACAUCAUCAUUUGCCAAUGUUAUAUCUAGAGCGGAGUCAAUAACUAGCUUAAAUGCACCCAAGACAAGUGACUUGGGUAAGAAGGGGAAGAAACCAACUAGAGUUCUCAUGUCAACAGCCGGGGGCAGGCGUUACUAACCGUUACGUUGGGAGUUUUGGAUAUCUCGUCAUUUCACUAGCCUGCUAGUUUGUUACCCUGGAAGUGGUUGUCGCGUUGGGAUUAUGUCGCUUAUCAACCUUUCCAAUUUUAAUGGAUAACCCGUAUUUCGUGUGAAGUUAGACUUGUAGAUUGCUAGACUGUUGCAAACAAGAAUAAAUGUUUUCAUCCAGACACAAGACAUGGCAGUUUAAGUUCAGUUGAAUGGGUCCUUGUGUUGUGUUCUCAAAACGCUUCCUCUAGUCUCUAGAAAGUAUCUCAAUACUUUUUCCCCCCUUCUAAUACAACACUCUUGAAUACUUUUGAGUACAGAACAUUUAUUGGGCUGAGCCCGGCGCGUGGGGAGUGCUGAAGAAUGGAAAUGCUUUGUGGGGUUGCAAGGCUGAGUGAAAUUCGGCCUCGAUUUGUUGCUGUUGAUUUGCUUAGGUGGGGGAUGAUGCUUUUGAAGCUGGAUUGGCCAGUAUAAUCCGUUAAUUUUUUGUUUGGAGGAAUAAGGGGUUGCAUUAACGCUAACAUUCGGUAGAAAAAUUAUUAUAGCGACUUUAAUAGGUAGUGCUUAAUUAAUAAAGGUGUUUGUUUUAUAA